AUGAAUCCCCCCUACAUGUAUUACUCCGCAACUUACGAUGAACCGCCGCUGUCCCCGUCGUCUAGCAUAAGCGUCCAGGCAACGGGGGCAGGCCCAGUCAACGAUUCCCCCGUCACUAUGAGCCGCCCUGCUGUCGCCCACAUCCGACGCCGCUCGAGCCGCAUCGAGGCUUGGUUGAGCGAGCAACAUCGCAUCGUGCAUACCACCACCGAUGACGACCUUGCGCCCACCAGGACGAAGCCUCUCCCUUACCUUGCGUACUCGCAGUCCAGUGGUGUCCCGCUGAUGAGGCACGAGCUGGACGAUCGCCUAACGGCCGACAGCUACGUCGUGGCGAACGAUGCCUUUCGCCUGUCGCGGAACGCGUCCGCGGCGUCUGCGCGCUCUCCGGACGUUACGCCGCGUCCUUCGCCACCUUCCACCCCUCGCAAGGGGUCUCCCCUGCACUCGGGUCAGCGCAGGUUCCCGUCCCCGUCCCCUCUACGCAACUUUCACAUCUCGUUCGGUGCCAGACGCCCCUCUAUCUCCUCUGAAAUCUCGGCAAACCAGGGAUCGGCGCCUUCCUCAGCGUCUGCACGUACGAGAGGCGACUCUAGCGCUGCACGUACAUAUACCUCGGGCUUGUCGACUUCGUACGCGCCCUCGUGGUCCGAACGCACGGAUCCACAACCAACUGAACAGGCGUCUUCCUGGCUUAAAUCGCCGCCCACAUGGAGAUUCAAGCGUCCCCCCGUAAUGGAACCCGUCGCCACCGUCGCGGAAGGACCGAAUGACGAACCCCGGUCUCGUCCCAGUCUCUCAUCCACCGCGACACGCUCAUCUGCCACGUCAAACGGCGGUAGGACGUCCCUUGAAACGCCGAGCACGCCGCGGAAGUUGCCCUUUGGCUCUGCCCGCAUCCAGUCUCCUUCCGUCCUUACUGUUUCCUCUCCUUCCCUCUGGUCACUGCCUACCGACGCAUCCCACAUGAACGACCCGCCAGACUCUGAGAAGGUCCUUGCUCGCGACCGCGACAAGUCCAACAGCAUCCGGAUACCCCUCUCCCUCAAGAUACCAUCCGCGAACACGCCCAGUUUCGGCAGCAUGUCAGCUGCGAUCGCGAGCCCGAGGCACAAGCCUGUCAAGAAGUGGUGCGAGUCAUUCGGCGAAGUCAACUCAAUUUCGCGCGAGCUCAAUGGGAACCUAUACGUCGACUUCCGGAAAGCCGAGGUAGCUGACACGGUCUGUCGUCUGCAAGCGCGGGUCUACAUCAAGGGUGUAGGCAGUGUCUGCUUAUCCUACUUCACGGGCAAGAAGCCUUGA